AUGGAAGCUGAUCCAGCCAACUUGGUACUCAGGAGGGCCGGCUACAUGUUUCCUGGAUCUGAGAUUCUGAGCCAUGUUGGCCAGGCUGGGUGCACACUUUGCACACCCUAUGUGGCUGUACUGUUUGUAAUUUUUUUUUUUUUUCUAAAUUUGAAAAUAAAAACAUUCGUUUUCACCUUACUGUUUUCUUCUUCCCCAAUUCAUUCGACUUUGCUCCAAGCGAAAAAGUUCCUCCCUUGCCUGCAUCGCGUCGUUGCUCUGCCCACCGCCACCGACGACGCCGCCUCUCUGAGCAACCCUCCCCCUGCCCAUCCUCUAAUUGCACAAUUUGAAAAGACACAUGUUGAUCAGGUAUACACUACAGAGGCUCUUCAUAUUGGAUCGCGUGCUCCUAUAAUGCAGGUGCAAUGGAGAGGAUUGCAUCUCUUGGAUCAGGAUAAUGAUCUAAGAAAUUAAUCAUAAAUGAUGCAGUUUUGGUGAUUGGAAGACCCCAUGCUUUUGGAAGAUAUCUGG